AUGUCCACAGUCCAAGGCUGUGUUCCAACACUACUUCCUGUGCCCUCGUUCCUAUUGCUUUUUCACUAUAGCCUCUAGGAGUCGAGGGCUUGCAAGUUGGUCGUUGAGCGGUGAGGGGAGCAGGAGCGUGGAGACGAGACUGACGAGCUGCUAUAGCGUCUUUCAGUUCUAAUGUUGUAGUCUCUGAAGUCUCUGAGCUCUGAAGCACUUCAUGCGUAGGGUACACUGAUGUGUCCUCGGACCAUAAGCGUCCCAGCCCGGGCUGCUGGGCUGGCUGCUUCUCUGGCUCACUAUGUGUUGGGACAGUGUGUGCAAUGGGGAUGGAGGAAGACAUGGGGAGAUUUAGGACGUCGAUCCAUGUAGAUGCUCCGGUCAGGGCACCGCUGAAGGCAGAAACAGUGAAACUUUUCUCUUAUAAAAUGAAUCACUGCUUUAUUGUAGUGCCAGAAGUCAUUGAAACCCCUUAUGUUUGUCUGGUGGGCCCAAUUAAUAAUUGGAAUAGAGACAAAGAAGGUCUGUAGAAGGUCCAAGUAAUGCAGCGUUUAAAUACAUGAGUCGUAUCGUCUGAAUCCAAGACCACAGUAACGGCACGUACACUGUGUGUGUGUGUGUGUGUGUGUGUGUGUGUGUGUGUGUGUGUGUGUGUGUGUGUGUGUGUGUGUGUGUGUGUGUGUGUGUGUGUGUGUGUGUGUGUGUGUGUGUGUGUGUGUCUAUGUGUGUGUGUCUAUGUGUGUGUGUGCCCGUGGUUAGUCAUUCCGACCGGUCGGCUUGUGCACACUGUCGCUGGGUCAACCAAUCAUUGGCUAACGGCAGUGCCUCAUCAACAUUCCAUCAGGCGAGCCCUGAUAUUCCCAUCAGAUUUCACCCAAAGGAAAUUGCAGUGCGUUCCGCUCGCCCGGCUUCCCGUCACUCUCACCAGACUGAGGCUGUUUGAACCGGGGCCACCGUCUUGACUGAGUGGCUGAUGGAUGAGCGAGAGCGUUCUUGCAGCAGGUUUUUUUCAGCCGCGCUGGCAACGGCGCUCCAUGCUGUACCGGGUAGAGUGCCAGUCGGUAAUGAUAGCCCGGGACAAUAUUGACACGCUGGUGCUGAGUGAUCGCUCUCGCUUUCUCAGGCAAAUUAUACCCAGCGAUAUCGAUCUGAUUUCGAGGGGGCUCUUGUCCCCCGGUGCUGCGAGUGAUAAAGUGGCGCGUACAGUAUCGUGUGAGGGCCUUGGGUUUUGUAUUCAGCACGAGCCAACGAAUGGGAUUUAAACUGAACAGUGACUGAGUGGAAAGGCUCUGUGGAAUUACAACAGCACUAGCCCCACACACACUCUACAUACCCCCCCCCCCCGCCUACGAGCGUAAACACAGACACACACACAUGGCCCAGACACAGAUGGCUCAUACUCCCUCCACCCCCACCUCCACCUUUUCCAACGACCAGAUCCCCUUCUGUGUUCUAGUGGUUUACCACCCAUGUGUUGAAACUGCCACCUUAACUUGGACUUGGCUCUUGGUCUGUCUUGGCGGUUGGCUGGGGUGGAGGAGAAGGUGGAGGAGGGGGAGCCGGUGGAGGCGGAGAAGGUGAUGGAGGGACUGCAGCCAGCACCGCUGGACUGGCCGUAGCUCUGCGCCGCGAAAGCAUCGCUAAUUUGGCCAGGAGGCUAAUCUAUCAGAUUAAAAUGUGAGCACAACCCAGAAAUAGGCCUCAGAGAACAGAUAAAAGACUCUUAUCUGAUAGGAUGCUUCCUGCUCUUUCUUCACGCUCACACAUUUAAGCACAGUUUAUACUAGGCGCCAUUUAAAAUAAAUGAGCUCUAUGUUCUUAUUUGUGGACAUGACAGUGAAGACGGAGGUUAAAGUGGGGUUGAAAGAGAGGGAAUGACGUUUCGCAUGGGACAGCCGGUCAGACUCCAACCCAGAUCCCCUGCCAGGCGUGGUGCCUCUGUGUGGUUAGCGUGUUAGCAGGUUAGCAGACCCUGACCUGGGUACAUAGCCAGAGGAACAACGGGGGACUCUUAUAACCGACAGACUACGCUGAAAGUAUCCCUCAAGUGUUGUUGGUCAAAGAGGGAACCCGCCUGAUGAUUGACACACGUGCAGGUGGGGUUGUGUGUGCGUGUAUGUGUGUACGCCUUGGCCAUGCAUGCACCCAUCUGUGCCGUGCAGGUGAAAGGUCACUUUUUGUUUGCAUGCCCCUGCCUGGAGGGAGGCGUUGCAGAGAGCUGGUGAAAUUGACUGGAAGUCUGAUGUUGAUCGUCCCACCUUAAAUGGGCACAAGAACACAACCUUCUGGUCAAUGCGUAUGGUUCCGUCUGCACUGGAGAUUUGGAAAAAUCUGGGGAGGUUCAUGUCAACAUUAUUGGUCUGAAUAAUACCUACUUCUUUGUCCUCAAACAUGUGGGUGUGUGUGUGUGGGUGUGGUUGUGUUCAGAACCAAGCAAAAGAAAAUCCAGAUAUUUGUUUAGGAAAGGCAUGUGCUCAACAUAUACAAAGCGAAUGUCUCGCUACCCAGGUUGAUGGAAAUGCAUGCACCGAUUUAGUUUCUGUUCAUCUUUUUAUAGGAACUGAUGACCGCACACUUUAUUUUCCAAGCGUGCUUCUCAUCAAAGCCCUCUAGAUGUUGUUGGUGUUUUUUUUGCGUGCUUUGUUUUGUGCAUGCAGCGGUCCUGUUGUGCUCGGCUCUGAUUGGCCGACGGUGCUGCUGACUCAGGCGUCUGUCCUGACGUCAGGCAGCUACAGGAGCUAGCGGCCCAGCCCUCCCCUGCCCUCCCUUUUUCCCUCCCCUGUGUCUGGCUGUGUGCAUGUGUGUACGCAGACACCCUCCGUAGGCACACCAAGAGACACUGAGAGACCGGGCGGGAGAGAGCGAAGAGAGAACCAGAAGUGGAAGCCAGAGGGAAAAUCGGGGCAUUGUUUUUGUGCCGUUAAUAUCCUGGCCAGGGUGUGUAGCGCGGCGGACUAGCAGGCGCUCCGGUUGCACUCCAUCCAGACUGAACACAACAGGACUGUAGAGCAGCAGACAUGCUAUGUUAGCUGAGAGCCGGCUCCUCUAGCAGCCAGUGGUAUGAGGCUAAAGCUCUGUGCUUUGGCGAGCAAGUUGUAAGGGGGGAGGCGAGCGAGGGAGCGAUGGCUUGCAUGGAGAUGGUAACACCUGUCGACCUGACCAGCAGGUUCAGCUCCGUCCUGCAGCUGAGGCUCCAGCAGAGACGGACCAGAGAGCAGCUGGUGGACCAGGGCAUCAUGCCGCCCCUCAAGAGCCCAGCUGCUUUCCAUGGGCAGAUACGCAGCUUGGAAAGAGCAAGGACGGAGAACUUCCUCAAACACAAGAUCCGCAGCCGACCGGAGAGGGCAGAGCUGGUCCGCAUGCACAUCCUCCAGGAGACGGGGGCGGAGCCGUCUCUGCAGGCCACCCAGAUGAGGCUGAAGAGAGCCCGGCUGGCCGACAACCUCAACGAGAAGAUCGCCCAGCGCCCCGGGCCCAUGGAGCUGGUGGAGAAGAACAUCCUGCCCGUGGACGACAGCGUCAAGGAGGCCAUCAUCGUAGGCCAGGUCAACUACCCCAAGGUGCUGGAGGACGACAGCGGGGACGCCAUGUCCCCCGAGACCCCGGCCAGCCAGGAGUCCCAGAGCUCCGCCCCCUCGCCCCCAGAGACCCGGCCCCCAGAGACCCCCACCCAGGCCCCAGCUCCACCAGCUCCACCACCACCACCAACCCCGCCCCCGCCGCCGCCACCCCAGACCCCGCAGCCCGUCACAGUUGUUUCCCAAGCGGUGGCAGACUUCAUGAAGGCAUUCUCCACCAACGAGCAGCUGACUAUUGGCCAAGCAAUUCCUCCUGCACAGCCAAUCACCACUGUUCUCCCCUCAAAGCCCGGCCCGACGCUUAUCAAACAAAGCCAGCCAAAGCUGCCGUCGGAGAAGAGCCGCAGUAAGAAGGGCAAAGAGGCCAAGUCGCGGGUGAGGAAGCUCAAGUACCACCAGUACGUUCCCCCCGACCAGAAGCUGGAGGCCAGCGAGGCGCCCAUGGACUCCUCCUACGCACGGCUGCUCCAGCAGCAGCAGCUCUUCCUCCAGCUGCAGAUCCUCAGCCAGCAACAGCAGCACUACAACUACCAGACCAUACUGCCUGCUCCCCUCAAACCAGUGGGCGAGGGUCAGGGCGGCACCUCCAUCGUGGUGUCCCUCCCGGCCGCGCCCAUGCCCCAGACCUCGCCCCCUCCCCCCCAGGCGGCCCAGACCCCGGCCCGGCUGGGCGGCUCCCUGUCCAACCGCAAGCCCGGCGUGCUGCCCGCCAACCUGGAGGAGAUGAAGGUGGCCGAGUUAAAGAUGGAGCUGAAACUACGUGGGCUCCCUGUGUCCGGAACCAAGACCGACCUGAUGGAGCGGUUGAGGCCCUUCCAGGACAACCACGGCACCUCAACCCACAACGCCACCCCUAUGGAGCUGGGCAACGGCGGCCUUGCGGGACGCCUACCUGUCCAGCAGAGGGCUCUGGAUGGCACCGGCUCCACCCCUCCAGUCUCCCCCCUCUGCAGCGAGCUCUCCAUGCUCCAGCAGGACCUGGCCAGGUCCAGGGCGUCCCCCGACCCCCAGGAGGUGAGCCCCGGGCGGGGAGGCCUGGUGUGGGCCCACCCGGGCCAGGCUCCGGUCCCGGAGGAGAAGGACCGCCGGCUCCACGAGAAGGAGCGGCAGAUCGAGGAGCUGAUGAGGAAGCUGGAGCAGGAGCAGCGGCUGGUGGAGGAGCUCAAGAUGCAGCUGCAGGUGGAGAAGAGGAGCCAGGACACGCCCUCCUCCGUCAGCUCCCCCUUCCCCUCCGCCCCUACCACCACCGCCGCCGCCGCGCCCGCCCUCCUCAACUCCAACCUGGUCAAAAUGGAGGGCCGACUCCCGGCCAACUGCUCUUCCCCCAACUCCAUCCUGGGCCCCUCGGCGCCCCCCAACCAGCGGGCCCCGGUGGUGAAGCUGGAGGACGUCACCGUGGCCUCGGGGAGGCCGGUCCACCCCCAGGCCCAGUCCCAGAUGAUCCCCCAGGUGCAGCUCUUCUCCCAGAUCCAGCGCCAAGGAGGCCCCAGCCCCCGCUUGGUCUCGCAGUCUCAGCGGAGCCCCAACGGCCAGCAGCAGCAGCAGCAGCAGCAGCAGCAGCUGCCGCCGCCGCCGCCGCAGCAGCAGCAGCCGGCCCCCAGCCUGCCGCAGUUCUUCAUCAGCCACCAGGGCACCGUGUCCCAGGUCCUGGGGCAGCCCCAGACCCUGCUGACCGCCGGGAGCCAACCCACAACACAGAUCCUCCUGCCCGUCUCCCUGCCCGGUAACACCACCGCGUCCACCACCACCACCAUCCAGCUGCCCACCUCCUCUGUGAGCCUACAGCCCGUGCUCCAGCACACGAUGUCCAACCCAGCCCCCGGUCUGGUGCGGUCCUCGCUCGGCCCGAUGGAGACGAGCCAGCCGAGCCAGCAGCUGACCAGUCACACCCCUCUGAUGCAGACCCUGACGAUGUGCAACAACACUCCCACGGGCCUGGAGAGGCAUAAUAGGCCGGAGCCGAAUCCCCAGUGUUUCCUGAGUCGUUCCCCGGAGAAUAGGGUUUCCCCGCGGGCUUCUCCCAACCACAGCAUCCCCAACGGAGGCCUCAACAAGUGUCCCUCUCCGUUCCAGCAAACCAUAAUCCUGAGCCCCACAUCGCAGGUCGUCCAGCCUCCAAAGAACAAGGAGCCCCCCAGAUACGAGGACGCCAUCAAACAGAGCCGCAAUCAGCAUCUGAACAACAUCUCACAGGUUCCCACAGCAACCAGCCAGCAGAUGGACGACUUGUUCGAUAUCCUGAUAGAAAGUGGGGAGAUAACCCCCUUCAUCCAGCACGACCCCCACGCCGCCCUCCCCAAGAGCCUGCCGGUCACGGCCACUGUCACCACCCUGCCGGUGAACACCGCCUUCUCCAGACCCCCGCCCCACAUCCAGGUGGCCCCCCCGCCGGCCCUCAGCCCGUCCCCCGACCCCAGCCUCUCCUCCCUGGCCUCGGACCGCCAGCUGGAGGCCUUCCUGGAGCGCACCCUGGGCGGGACCUCCCCGGUGUCGGACCCCCGCACCCUGGGCCUGAUGGAGGAGCUGCAGGCGCAGCUGAUGGAGCAGCAGCAGCAGCACCCCUACUCCCCCAUGGACACGUCAGAGCUGUCCUUCUGCGACUCGUCCCCGUCCUCGCUCAACAUGGGCCUGUCCGACCCGGGCCUGGACAACAUGGAGUGGCUGGACCUCACCAUGCCCCCGGGGCCCGCCGGGGCGCUGACCCCUCUGGGGAUGCCCUCGGACUUCCUGGACACCCAGGACCUGCAGCUGCAUUGGGAAUAGAUGGGAGAAGGAUGGACUACGCCCGGGAGAAGGACGGACUACGCCGAGGGGAUGUCCACCGAUGGCUAUUCCAGUGAGGGUAUUGUGAUGACAAUGGUAGCUUCUCAGAGAGAGGACGCCGAGCUUGUCCGAGGGCCAUAGCGCUUGUCGAGGAGUUGCUCCCUCCCAUUCGAAUUGUUCACAAGUUUUCACGACGGCCAUUUCGGCCAGCAGAAGUCGAAGCUAUGUUGAUCAUAGCGCUACCUUUCUGUUAUCAAAGAGUCCAUUUAUAAUAGCACUUGAUCAAAGUUGAGAAAGUCACAUUGGGCUUUAUAAGUCAGCAUUAACCUGGGUAACCUGUAGACCACAACCUUGAGUACAGGGUUAAACGGUAGACCAGACCGGGCCGUGGGAACAUUAGGUAUACAGAGACUUUUUGGUGUGUGGGUGUGUGCAUGUAAAUACUGCAUAGCGCGUUUGGCGAGGGUGAGGUUGGGGGAGAGGUUUACCUCGGUUCCUCAGAUAUCCUUACCUCAGCUUUCCGCUGGACACACACACACGCACAGGCACAGACACGAGACCCUGACCAGACAACUCUCAACGUUGGCUUGGCGACGUACCCUUUUAGGUAGACAAUCGACAGCCUAUACUGUCGAUUGAGGCAUUCUGUGCCAAACUAGGUUAGGUGCUGUCAGUGAUUCUCUGGCCCGGUUUACCCAGUGUUAGGCCGGGCGCAUUGACGUCUUAGACCAGGACCAGGCUGCUUUAGGAUCUCUGUCGUUGUCAAUACUUUAAAAUGACAAAAGCAAAAGCUCACUUUCUUUCCAUUUACUGCAUCUGAAUGCUCAGUACACACGCUUUGACCCUGUACAGCACUUAAUCCAGAAUAUACAACACAUGGGCCACCUAGCGUGUGGCCAGAAUAGUCUGCGAUAUGACGCCGGCACCAUACGAGUGACGUCUUGUCAAGCCGUUCCGGUGAAACCGCAGAACCAAUGAACAACGAGUCGUCAGACGACAGUGGGUCGGAGGCUCCUCCCACUCAGUGAGAGACACUAUGCACUAAAGAGGCGGGGCAAGCUAUCGCCAACCUCGCCUCCACAUCCAAAAGGAAAUGUGAACUUGGCGCCGAGCCGACCGCGGCGGAUCGGCACCCCGGAACAAAACGACGACCACGGUCACCACGGCGAUCAGCCCUGGUGAUCGCCCGAAGCCCUGAGCGCCUGAAUGUAACCUCUGAGAUGUUAAGGAGGACUAAAGCAAGACGCUUGUCACACAUCUGGCAGCUCAUUCGUUUUCCCUGGCGAUUGAAACUAAAACCGACCACAGCGACUAAGGGAACGAGUACCGACACAUCAACACAUGCGCAGCCGACUGAAGUGCAUGUGUGCUGCUGUCACACCCUUAUGAGGUGUCUGAAGACUUUACAGAGAGGUGCUACUUGUUCAUCUAUAUAUAUCUAUAUGUGUAUAUAGAUAUACACAUAUAGAUAUAUAUAUCUAUAUAUAAAUAUAUAGAUAUAUAUAGCUGUUGUAAAUAUCUCUCUGCACUUUUGUUUGCAUGUGGUUCAGAGUGGGAACUUGGCCACUGAGAUGGUAAAUGGUUUCACAUUGAGGGGCGGGUCUAUGAUGUCUGGGCUCCACCCGUCGUUGGUUGUCCUGUGUCGAGCCAAGUGGCAGAGGAGAGGAAUGUAGACUCGCCAGCCAAUAGAUAACUUUAAGAUUAAGAAGAUUCCUUCCUGCCCGUGUGUCUGUGUCUGCGUGUUUGUGUGAAGGAGAGAAAGAGGAAGAAUGUGGGCAAGCAAGCAUGUUUGUUUACACGUGUAUAUUUGUCUUUCUGUGUUUUUCUGCAUGUAUGUCCUGGCUCAAUUUCUCCAUGUGUACAAUUAUAUCUGUGUUAAAAAAUCUCAGACUAGUGUGAUCGAGCCACUUUCCCUCCAGCUGUCCGCUUCAAACAUAUAUCUAGAGAACAAGGACAUGAACACGUGUUGACCUUUUGCUAUUGCUCGAUACUUUAACUUUUACUUUAAAGAAAAGGCUUUUGAUGACUGUUGAACCCGGGUUCGGUUUUAUAAAACGCAUCUUCUGUUUACUGCUUUGACACGGUGAAAUGUUUCUCUUGGAUAGAACGUACCUUUUUUAAAACGACCAUCUUUUUGAUAUCUCACUACCUUCUGAUUGAUACACACUUGCUGUACAGUGCUUUGGAAUCCAAGGAGUUUUUAUUAUUAUUGAUCUAAUUUGUUAAGGCCGUUCUCUUCACUAGUGCUGCUUCUAGGUCCACUUCACUAGAUCUAUGACAGAGGGCUUUGGAUGUCGCUGAUUGGUUCAUUACGAAAGCCAAUUUUUUUUGUGGAGAUAUAUAUAUAUAUAUAGAUUAAUAUGUAUAUAUAUAUAUAUAAUUUCAGAAAACCCUUUAAGAAAAUAUUUAAUUUAGUCCUGACAACAUGAUACGUUUUGCUGCUCACUUCGGCAAUAAUCUUGCGCCUUAGCAAAGACAGUGUCAGGAGACAGUUUUUCAAAGCUAUAAGGGUCAUGCAAAAAAUAUAGCAUAGGGGUGUUCUCUAUGCUAGAGAGUAAUAACUUGAUAAGGAAUAAUAUCAAUGGCAUGAAGAGAUUCUCUUCUUGUCUUUUCAUCACCCAGCAUCGAUUACUGCAACUGCUCGAAUAUCUGCAAAAGUUUUGGGAAUUGUUUGAUUCAUAGAGUGUUUGUUUCAGCCUGUGUUGUUUUUUAUAGAUUUACUUUUCAAAUGAUCAACACAAUCUUCACGCAUCCUGUUCAGCAGUGCAAUGACUGUUGUUAGUCAUUUAUAGUUUGUCAAUUAUUCAAUAUUGAAAUGGUGGAUCAUUCCACAGAUGUGUGAUUUCAUGGUGGUUAAAAGUUGUCUCGUUAAGGUUAAAGCUGCACUUUAAGGAACACAGGAGGUGGAGGAAGAAGCAGGAGGUGUGUGUGUGUGUGUGUGUGUGUGUGUGUGUCUGUCAGCAUGUGCGCGUGCAUGCGUGUUCGCCCAUCUGUACAGGUCUAUUUAUGUUUGUGUGUGCCCGCAGUCAAAGAAAAUGCCAAAUACUGCACAUAUAGUACAUCAUGUACUUCCAAAAAUUAUCAUGACUAAAUAUUAUUACAGUGGUGCACUUGUUAUGUUUUUGUUGAUUAUAUUCAACCAAGUAGGAUAGACAGAACAUGUCAGUACUUUUGUAGACAUGACUUUACAACAUAGGACUAUGUUUUUGACAUUCGCUCUGCUAUCUUUAGGGCUUUAUGAACACACAUCCUUUUGUUGCCAAAAAUGGCAGAGGAACACUGAAUAUAUGGUUGCAUUGAUUAUAUAUUGUCACAUUGAAUAUAUUGUUAUUCUAUUGAUCACUUUUUUUGCUGAAUGUCAUGGUUUCAUUGUUUAGUUUAUUUCUAUUUAUCACUUUUUUGGGAAUAAGUGUGUAGAAGAUCAACACUGUUUAAUCUUUUUUUAAGAAGUUCUGCAAAAUAAUUUGCAUUUAAGAGAAAUGUAAUUGUAAUUUGAAGUUGUUUUUUGUUAACCUUUCAUAUCAGAUUUCCUCUAAAUCCACGGCAGCCAUGCUAUAGGUUUAUAGAGACGUGCUGUGCAUGAUGCUAUAUGUUUUUUUUUGUUUUUUUAAACGUGUGACACCACUUCCCAUUGGCCACAGGUUGUAGGAGGUUAUCAUUGAUUGGCCAGAGACACAGCUCAACGCAAUACUCCCAGCUGAUCUCCUGAUAUACCGUACUGUAUGUCCGAUCCUGCCUGAUUAUCAAUGCAAGAUCCUUUACAAAGUCAUACCUAAUGUUAACGGCUGUUCUGGUUAUAGCACUUCAUAUCUUAGUCUUGUCAUGGCGGGGCUUCUAUUUUGGUCGAUGUGAUGUAGGGUUAUUUGGGUAAUUUAAAUGCUUUACAGAAAUGUAGUCAGUUUGCAUAAACCGUGUUAGACCGAGAUUUUACAAAAAGACUAAAUUGUGACACUAUGUUGCGUAGUUUAGCAUAGAGAAAAAGGUUUACGAAGAACCACAUGGUUCAGGAUAUGGCACAUGGAGCCCUGGUGGCUCUUGAUUGGGCCCUGGUUUAAUAUGAAGCAAUAAUGGAAAAUAUUUUUCUUUAAAGCACCACUGGACAGUCUUAGCCAGGCAGCAUUGAUGUUUUUAGCUCCUUGAGAUCGGUUUAGAAGCACUUAAAACCGUGCGUGUUCUCCGACCAGGGUGCAACCCUGACCCCGCCCCUUCCCGAUGUCACCACUCUCUCGACCUCUAUGCCCCGCCCUUCAUCGCCGUCCAACACCCAUUUCUAUCCCAAGAGUUUCUACUGUGUCAGAGGCAGCAACAAUACAAUCCACAAUGUCUGUUCCCUUUACUCAAACGCUUCUCUAUCACAGUGCAGUGCUGUUCUAUUACAGUGCAGAACUGUACUAACACAUUACAGCCCUUCUAUACGUGACAGUUGGACAGACGGGUCAUCACGGCCUUUCGUCUCCCUGUCAGUUGGUUUUUGUAAGGGUUAGUGUGAGUCCACCUUCUGUUGGCUUUCACCCAUUGGCUCUCCCCCAUACUCCCCCCACACCCCUUGCUAUGCCUUGUGUUGUGUGUAUGCCAUAUGUUUUGCACAUUGUGUACAUAUUUAUAUAGAUGUAAUGCAUAUUUUUCUACAUGUGUAACACAUUUUGUAAAUAGUACUCGAGAUGUGUAUAUAAAUAAUGUUACUGUAUGCCUUUUAUGUUGUCAAUAAAACAAUUGGUGUACUGUGAA